AUGAUUCCCAGCCCGCCAUUCCCCGCCUCUGCGAUCCCCGCUGGCUCAGUGGGCGCGGCGCAAGCGUACAGCAAUAAUGGGUCUGCGGAGGGGUCCCCAUCGUCAGCGUCGUGGCAGUGGGAUCCCAUUGGCUUCUGGGACGACCCCCCUGCUCCGCUUCUGCACCCUCCCCUCUCCUCCUCGCUGGCCGCCUUCCCAUCCUCUGGCCCUGCUGCACCACCAUCAGCGUCUGAAUCAGCUCCAGCUUUUUCCUCAGGCAUGCCGUCUGCUGCAGCAGCAUCCCCGUUAUUAACUCCCCAAAUAAGCGGCUUUGGAGGCCAGUCCCUUCACCUCGAGCCCAUGCCAUUUCCUGGGAGCAAUGCUUCUGCUGCCGCUCCCACCGCCGCCUUUGCGGCUGCGUCUGCACCUGCCGGAGGGGGUAGUGGCGGCUACAGCGCACUGCUUUCCGAUAUGUCGUUUCUGGACUCAGGGGAGGGGGAGGGGGAGGAGGAGGAGGAGGAGGGGGAGGAGGAGGAGGGGGGGGGAGGAGGAGAGGGGGGGCAGUGUGCGGGCUUGGAGUCAGGAGGGGGUGCAGGGUUUGGGUUCAUGGCAGGGGCUGCAGCUGUGGAUCCGGGAGCUUGUAUAGGGGCUGGAGGGAUCGCAGAUAGUGAGGGUUGCAUGAUGGGAGUUGCACAACACCAGCAACCCCAGCAGCAGCAGCAACCCCAGCAGCAGCAGCAACCCCAGCAGCAGCAGCAGCAGCAGCAGCAGCAGUAUCCAGUAUUUCAGCAGCAGCAGAUAGUACAGGAGGGAUCGGCAGCUGCUGGCAUGACCACAGACUCAACCGCAGCGCCUGUUACAGAACCAGCCGUGCCUUGCCCCGUGCCCAACGCAGUGCAGGGCGGUGGUGCAUGCAGCAUGGCGGCGUUUGGCAGUAUGGAUUCGUUCUCAGGAGAGGCGCGUGUGGUGGCGCGCUUCAGCCAGCUGUGUAACGAGGAUGCUGAUGCUGCUGCUGCGUCAGGGGGGGGUGCGGGAGUGUGCGGAAUGGAAGUGGCAGAGGCGGAUAUGCGGGGUGAGGGAGAGGCGCAGCAAGCACAGCUGCCUGAGAUACUACCUCCGCAACCGCAACAGGCAUGGCGUGUUUCGGUGCAGGGGCAAGCACAGCUUCUAGGGCAGCCACAAAUGCAGGGAAACGUUCAGUUGCAAGAGCAAGGGCUCAAGGUGCAGGCGGCAGCAGUGGGGCAGUAUCAGCAGGAGGCAGUGCAAGCAGCGCCAAGCGGGGAGUGGCAACGUGGCGCUUCACAGAGGGCGUUGUAUGAUGCGGCCAACGAUGCAGGACGGCCCUCACCUAUGCCUGCUGCUGCUGCUGCUGCUGCUUCUCCCUCUGCUGCGCCUGCUGCUGCUCCUGCUGCUGUUGAUGGUGGUGGUGGUGAUGGUGGUGGUGCUGCUGCUGGAGUAGGGGGGAGUGGGCGCACUGUUUGGAGUGCAAGUGCCGCUGAUGCGUGUGCGCGUUGCAAAUGCCAGGUGGGAGAAGCGGGCGGAGUUGGUGGUGGUGGCGAAGGAGGAGGAGGGGGGGGAGGAGGAGGAGCAGCAGGAGGAGAAGGAGGAGCAACGGCCGGUGACACUCAGAAUAGGCCCAAGUUAUCUCUGGCAGAACGGCUGGCAGCAGCACUGGGGGAGGAGUUUAGCGCAGACACAGGGGAGAAGGAAGAACCGGCGAAACCAGACGAGGAUGGGGGGAAGAAAGGGAGAGGGCGAGGCAGGGGCAGAAAGCGGGAGAGAAGCAAACCCGUUGCUACUACAGCUGGUCCUAGGGCAGGCUUUUGGGCUGCGCUUGGGGUGGUGGAGCAGGACGGAAGGGGGAGGCAGGGAAAGAGGUCGGCUGAGGAGAGUGCGAGUGGUUGGAGCGGGGGAGGGUUAGGGGAGGAGUGGAAGGGGGUGGUGGGGCGUGUAGGCGUGAGCACAGGGGGUGGGUCUGGGUCAACUGGGGUGGCAGGGGUGGCAGGGGUGGCGGGGGCGCGAGGGGCAACAGGUACAGGAGGAAUGACGGGUAUUCCUUAUGGUGAGAAUGUGAUGGGGGGAGGAGAGCGGGGUGCAGUGGGGUGUGGUGGGGUGUGCGGGAGUAAUGAGGUCAAGGUGGCGAAGCAGGAGGAGGCUAUCUUGGUGGGAGGAGUUGGGAUAAAACAAGGGGAGGUGCAGGGAGGAGGAGGAGGGGUAGGGAAAGCAGGAGGUCUGGGUAAUGAUGUGUCGUUUCCUGGUUAUUCAGGCAACCUGAACUCUGAUUUGAAUCAUUCUCAUUCCCCCUUGCCUACUUCUGAGCUCCCCCAGUCAAUGUUGUAUGGGGGUGUGAUAUUGACGGAGGGGGGUGAGGAGGAUCCAGGAGGACGGCAGGGGGAAGGGAGUGGGAAGGAGAGGCGCAGCAGCAGCGGUAGCAGUAGUGGAGGCAGCAGCAUGGGGAACCCUAAGGAAGGAGCUGACCAUGGUCUAGGUGAUGCGACUGCCGCUCAUCUUCCUGCGUCCACUCUUGGUGUCACCCCUACUGCUCCUGCUGCCGCUCCUGCUGCCACUUCUGCUGCCGCCACUUGUGCGGUUACUGCAAGUGGCGCACACAGAAGCCAAGGAGCAGAAAAAAGGGUAGAGGGCGCGACUAACAGAGCGCAGGGUGAAAUCAUUGCUACUGCCACUGCCACUGCUGUUGGUGCUUUUGGUAGUGCCGCUGGUGUGUCGUUUCAGGGACAGGGAGCAAGGGGCGGGGCGGGCAAGGCAGGCAGCAAAUCUCCUGCCAUUGAGCACCCGUUGCUGGCACGCAUAUGGCAGCUUGCAGAGCUAGUAGCCACGGCUGAGGAUGAGGUGGCGAUCCGGCGCAAGUGUGAGGAGCUGCUGCCGAUGGUGAGUGCGCGCGGCAGUGCGGAGCAGCGAGUGGCGCAGUACUUCCUGGAGGGGCUCAUGGCGCGCAUCAACGGGGACGGCGCCCUGCACUGGAACUCCCCCGACGUGCCGCCCCAUGAUGACUUCAUGCGGGCCAUGUCGGACAUAUCAGCGUGCAUGCCGCACCACCACUUCCUGCUCUCCGCCUGCAACUCUGCCCUUCUCUCCGCCAUCUCGCCCACCGACACUGUCGUGCACGUGGUGGACUUUGGCUGGUGGAUCGGCGCACAGUGGCCCGACUUCAUAGCUUCACUCGCUGCGAGGCCGGGGCCAAAGCCCCUGCUCCGAUACACCAAGAUUGAAUCGCCAGCAAGCCAGUGCCCGUGGCGAGUGCUGCCCAGAGUGCCGCUAGCAGACUGCAAGGCCAUUCUCACGCGUGCAGCAGCCAACGCGGGCAUCCGCCUAGACUUUGCCGUGGUCGAGUGCUCUCUCGAAUCUAUCGACUCUCACAUUUCUCAGCACCGCCCACCCCUCAGCUCCGCUUCCUCCUCGACUGCUGCUGCCAUUGGUGCCAAUGUAGGCCCUGCCGGUGCUUGUGCUGCUGGUGGUGCCGGUGGUGCAGAUGGUGCUGUGGUGCCGUGGAGCAUGGUGCGGAGCAGCACGGAGGAUAGUCUCGGCAGCAGGAGUAGCAGUGACCCAGGGCAGGGAGAUGCAGCAGCAGCAGCUGGAACAGAGGCGCUGCUAGUGCACGGCAUCAUGCGUCUGCAUCUGCUCCCAGGGGGCUCUGUCGUCCGCCACUCCCCCCGCGACGCUGCGUUGCGCGCCCUGCGCCGUCUCUCCCCGCGAGUGGCUGUUCUCGGAGAGAGGCACGUGGAUCACGAUGGACCCUUCUUCCUCAGGCGAUUGGGUGAAGCCCUGCCCUUCUACCUCUCUGUUUUCGAGUCCAUGGAAGCGGGACUAGCACCGCCGCGGCUGCAUUCAUCGAGGGAUUUCAUCGAAAAGGCGAUUAUUGGGAGGGACAUAGUGAAUGUGGUGGCUUGUGAAGGCUCGCUGCGGGUCGUUCGGUCGGAGCCGCUUGGAAAGUGGAUGAGCCGAAUGAGGGAGGCGUCGUUUGCUGCCCUGCCGUUUUCGGCCCAUGCCCGACACAAAGUGGCGGCUGCCAUGUCCCAGUUCCCGAGGGAGUUUGGGGUGCAGGAGCAGGAUGAUGGGGGGCUUCUGAUGACUUUUAAGGGACAACCGAUACUGGCUGUCGGCAUGUGGAGGAUUGCCUGUUGA